GGUGUGCUAUAUUUAAAGAACCUAUAAAAAGAAGCCGGGUUGCCCAUCUAGGAGAUGUCUUUAGCUGCUGUACGUUUAUCACAGCCAUGCAGACACUUGAUGAGGCACUGGAUGUGUAGCAGCAAGCAUGGUCCGGCCUGUUUGUCCACUGAGGCCGUCACAACCACCAUACCUGAGCGACCCAUGGCUCCCUCUUCUCAAGAGAGUCCAUCCUUUUUCUACGAUCCUGUGGCCCAGAAGUUUGUGAACAUGAUGAUGUGGGAUGGCAAGAAAUCUCUGGCUCAGAGCAUCUUGAAAGAGGCUUUUCAAGUCAUCAAAACAACACAGCUUGCAAGGCUCAAGUCUAAAGCUGGCACUGGUACUGAAGUGAUGGUUGACCCACUGACCGUCUUUCACCAGGCUUUGGAGAACAGCAAACCCAUCAUGGGUACCAUUGGCGUGAGAAGGGGAGGAAAACUGUACCAGGUCCCCUACCCACUCCCCUCUAAGAGAAGACAGUUUUUAGCCUCCAAAUGGAUAAUUACUGCAUCAAGGGACAGGUCAGGACACAACAUGGCCAAGAAAUUAGCUGCCGAACUGCUAGAAGCGUUCAACAAUCAGGGCACUGCUAUUAAAAGAAAACAAGAUUUACACCGAUUGGCUGAGGCUAACAGAGCAUUUGCACACUAUCGGUGGUGACCGACAAAACUGAACUGUUUCUCAAUCACCAUUAUUUUGAACAAUUAUGUUUCAUCAUCCUCUGAAUCAUUUGGAAUUGUCCAUGGUCGUGACCUCAAGCCUGUGUGAUGUUGUCUUGUACUACCUGUAUAGAAGAAAAUAAUAAUUAUGCUUGUGUAAA